AUGGAGAAUGGUGAGGUUUGCAUUUCCAUCUUGCAUCCUCCUGUUGACGACCCUCAGAGUGGAGAGCUACCAUCAGAACGGUGGAAUCCCACACAAACUGUGAGGACAAUACUUCUGAGUAUUAUCUCUCUUCUAAAUGAGCCCAACACAUUUUCACCAGCUAAUGUUGAUGCAUCUGUCAUGUUUCGCAAGUGGAAAGACUCCAAAGGCAAAGAAAAGGAAUACGAAAAUAUUAUCCGAAAGCAAGUGCAGGCAACCAAGGAGGAAGCAGAAAGAGACGGAGUAAAAGUGCCCAUGACACUUCAAGAGUACUGUGUCAGCAGUCGCCCUCCACAGGACAAUCAGGUGGAUGCUGACUUCUAUGAUGAUGAUGACUAUGUAGAUGAUGUGGAAGAUGAAGAAAUGUAUCAAGAUGAGGAUGACAUGGAUUCAGGCAAUGAGGAAUGCUGAUGAUAUUCCAGUUUGGUUUAUUCAAGCAGAGUGGACAAGUUCUUUAAACAACCAU